UCCUGCGUCAUGAGGAUGCGCUUCAGUUUCCAAGCGCAACCUAAACCACUCAAAAACAACAACAAAUUUGAAAUGAUUUCUCACAAUGUCAUAUUAUCGUUGACAUUGGCUGACAUCAUCUAGGAAUGCGCUAAGAGGUCGUCGAUCUUCUUUUGAUUCCUUGAAUUUCAGGACCUCGAAUCAUACAAAAAAUGUCAGCAAAGGAAGAUGCUUUAUCCCCAGACGAGCUGAGGAAGAGGCUUUAUAAAACGCUUAGGGAUAAGGGAGUACUGGAUACACUUAAGACUCAGCUGCGCAACCAACUCAUCCACGAAUUAAAACCAGCACCGUUAAGUGGAGCAGGACCAUCACUGCGACCAGAUUCACUUUUGGUCUCAGCUUGCAACAACAUGGUGGCUGACUAUCUUCACAGCUCAGGCUAUGAGUACUCACUAUCUGUAUUCUGCCCUGAGAGUGGCCUGUCCAAAGAGAAGGUGCUCAAGAAAGGAGAUCUCCUUCGGCAUCUUCAAAUCAGCCCUGACUCACCACUUUACAAAUCCUUGUCUCAGACCAUCGAUAAUACAGGCUUUUUAAUCAACCUUGUGUCUCACAUCACUGACCAUCAGACUACGAGCCUUCGCCGCGAUGCCGACACUCAGACAACAAGCUCAGCAAGUUAUGAACAGUCUCUGGUUGAGAAGAUGAAAAUGAUCGACAAGGAAUAUGAGAAUGUGAAUUACAGCGGCGAAAGGUGGUUUUCAUUUCAGUCUAAGCUGGCUUCCUAUAAGAGAGAGUUAGAAUCCCAGUUGCAGACUGAAAUGACAACAAAGUUGCAGCAUUUUAAAGAGGUUGAACUCGCCAAGGUCAAGAUGGAGGAAAAAGUGCAGUUCCAGAAAGAGUUUGACAAGCUCAAACAAGAACUGGAGAGAACCUACGAGAUGAAGACGAAAGCGUUGAGCACCAGGGAGAAACACGCCAUUGAGCGCCUUCAAAAACAACAGGAGAUCGAGGAAAAAAAUGUGUACAUGCAGAGGCAAAUGGUGCUGAAGGAAAUCGACACGCUGCGUAACAGAGAAAAUGAACUGAAAUUGCGAAUGGAGUCUUUUGAGGAGACUUGUCAAAUACACCAAGAGAAGGUUAAGGCUGGCGAAGAGCUGCUGAGGAGACGAGAACUAGCAGUGAAGACCAUGGAAGACAUGUAUGACCAAAAACUGAAGAAUGAACUUUCCAGUUAUAAGAUGGAGCUAAAGGAGGAUUACAAUAAGAGAACAGAGCAACUAACAACCAGUGAGAAGCGAAACAAAGAGGAAAGCAUUCGCAUUGAACAAGAUACGGCUGCAAUCAAAGCCAAAUUGGAGGAGUACAAUAAAGCUAGCUCAGAGAUGAAACAGUUGCAGGGGGAGCUCGACACUGCGCAGCAGCAAACUCAUCUGCUCCGUCAGCAGAACGAACUGCUGAGAGAAAGGCUGGAGAGUAUGAACGACUUCCCCAGUUUGAAAGAAGACAACGCACACUUGCAGGGGCAAGUGAAGCUACUGAAGAAACAACUGGAGGAAGCCCAGGAGGAGAACCGGCAUCUCCAUGCAGAUUUGGGCAAGCCCUCCGACGAGGAGCUGGCCUUGCAGGUGGAGCUGCGCAAUCUUCAGAGCGCUCGCAAACUGAAUGAGGAGGAGUUUGCCAACCAGAAGCACGUGCUGCAGAAACAGCUCCAGUUGGAGGUGGAGCGAUGCGGUCAGCUGAAGGUGCAGCUGAUGGAAUGUGAGGAGAAGCUGCAGUGGACGACCGCUCAUGUUGACGACCUCAAAAUGCAGCUUCGCCAAACCCAACAAGCUCUUGAAAACGAAGUGCUCCUCAACCCCAAGCCUUCCCUGGUGGACCGCUCUGUGAUGGACAAGCUGGCCCUCCCCGACAUCCACGUGGACCGAGCGGCGCCGUGGUCCCGAGCGGCUUACGUCGGCGAUGUUGGCCAGCUCGCGCACGCCGACUCCAACUCCGACUUGGAGAUGCUGGCCGAAUGCAACGCUCGCAUGCGAGAGCUGGAGAAGGAGUCUGAAAGCUUGGAGGCAAAAUGCCGAAAGUACCAGCAGAGGGCAGCGCGCUCCAGCGUCUCACGAAGGCGCCCCUCAACCCCUUCAAGUCGGGCUGACUCGCCUCAGCUGACACAAAAUUCUGACCUCUCUCACCCUUACACCUCCCACCUGUCAAAGAGCUUCAUUCGACCACUUUCCCCCAAAAAAGCACGAACCCCCUCCCCAGCAGCCUCUGAUGCCGGAAACGCCUUUCCAGCUCCUCAACACCGAGUGACCUUCUAUCAAGACCAGCUUAACAAGUCUUACGGCAUAAGCAGCCUUUCGUCAGCUGAACUUCAGUCUACGAGACGUGAUGACCCCCCUAAAGAGCAACGCUCAUUCUCACAUGUGUCCUUUCUCACCAGGAGAACGCUUCCUUCAGAUGCAGCUGAAGUCGCUUCGGCGGCGUUGCUCCAGGACUCACAGGACAGCCGCCUCCCCUCGGCCCCCCAAGACGAGGCGUCCAGCUCAGGUGAAUUCUCCCCCGAGCUGAGCCCCCCUCGCAGCCCUCAGCUCCAGAGCACGGUCCGAAAUCGUCACAGUGUUCCAAAUCAACAACACGUCUCCUCCAGCUCACAUUCCUCCCCGCAGCCUGAGAUGAUAAACAUUGAGGAUCUCACUGGCAUUUCACCAGAACCCGGCUACAUUCCAGAGCUUCUCUUGGACACUGCCGUCCCUCUCUCUUCCUCCGAGGCCCCUGGUGGCCCCACCGUCCCCCGCCCACAGUCCCCGAGGGACCUCCCGGUAGCCGCGACUGACUCACGGGGCCGAGUGGAAUCUUCCCAAAUCUCAACAGCCCCUGAGAUUGAGGAUAAAGAGGAUAAGGAACAGCGAUGGGAACGAGAAAGAAAAGAAAGGCAAGAAGUGAGGCGAAGGGAGCAAGAGGAGGCCAGAGAGAGAGAACAGCAGGAAGUGGAAAGACUAGAGAAAGAAACUCUCUUACAACAACAAAAACAACAACAACAACAACAGGAGGUGGUGGAGGAGAAGGAAGUCAAGGCAGAUGGGGACAAGAGGCAGGAAGCAGAAGUCCCAAAUGAAAACCCCUUGGAGAAAUACAUGAAGAUGGUUUUGGAAGCCAGAGAAAAGAAACAAGACAAGAGCUCUGGAGGUGAAGAACACGUGAGCCCAGAGGUCAAGAGUUUGUCUGAGGAGAAAGAUAAUAGCAUUGCAGCAUACUCGCACAAGGAUGAAGAUGAGGAUUUUUGGUGAACUGCUAAUUUGCUGGUGAAUGUUUUUACACUUUUGAUACAUUGUGGAUGAAGAAAUGCAUGAACACCAACACAUUCCUUGUAUUUGUUGUAAAGUGAAAGAUUAAUAGAGAUUUUGCUUUCACUUUUUUUUAUUUUCAUUAAAAAAAAAAAUAACAGGCCAA